CUGCUUCUUGGUGGCCACGGGGCUCAUCCGAUGCCGCUUCCCGGUGGCUACUGAAUCCAGUUCCUGGUGGCCACGGGACUCAUCCGAUGCCGCUUCCCGAUGGCCACCACUGAAGCUGCUUCCCAGUGGCCACCAAGGGCCCUUCCCAGUGGCCAUGGGUCUCAUCCAGCGCCACUUCCCAGUGUCCACGGAAGGCGCCAUGCGGCCCAGCGACACCGUGUCGGAGGCCAGUCCCGGCUCGAGGCUCCUGGUUCAAGCCGGCGUCCAGGCCAAGCCGGCGGCCGUCUCCCCGCUCCAGAUCACCGGUGUCCAGGUAUCCCAGCAGCCGAACGCAUUCUUGGGACACCUCCUUUUGCCCCGGGAAUCUCCGCCCCCGUGGGGAUGUCGGAGCGGCGCAUCCCGCGUCGGGAAGCGGGAAUGUCGGGAUGCGCCGCUCAUCCCGCCCGGCUCUCUCCAUUCCCAGCGCUCGCCGGUGCCGACCAGCAGCUCCGGAGCCAAAACGGGCCCCGGGCAGCAGCUCCAGGUGCACGGGGUCCAACCCGUUCCCGCUGCUCCGGAGGUCCCGGUGCAACACGUCUACCCGGGCCAGGUGCAGUACGUGGAGGGCAGCGACGCCGCCUACGCCGCCGGCACCAUCGGUAACUCCAAGUACCACUACUACGGGCUGCGCAUCAAGGCCAACUCGCCGCUGCUGCGGCUCAUGGAGGACCAGCAGCACCUGGCCAUGCGGCAGCAGCCCUUCUCCCAGAAGCAGCGGCUCAAGACCGUGCAGAAGGUGGAGGGCAUGACCAACGGCGUGGCCGUGGCGCAGCAGCAGAGCUCGGGGCUCUCCGACAUCAGCACCCAGGUGCAGCAGUACCAGCAGUUCCUGGACGCCUCGCGCGCCCUGGCCGACUUCUCCGAGCUGGAGCUGCAGGGGAAGGCGCUGCCCGACGGGGUGAGCGCCGAGGACCUCAAGGCCUUCCAGGUGCUCUACCGUGAGCACUGCGAGGCCAUCGUGGACGUCAUGAUCAACCUGCAGUUCACCCUGGUGGAGACCUUGUGGAAAACCUUCUGGAGGUUCAACCUCAACCAGCCCAGCGAGGCCGCCCCCGUGGCAGUGGGCCGCUGCGAGGACCGCAUGGUGCAGCGGCUGGAGCAGGACUUCAAGAUGACGCUGCAGCAGCAGAACUCGCUGGAGCAGUGGGCGGCCUGGCUGGACGGCGUCGUCACCCAGGUCCUCAAGCCCUACCAGGGCAGCCAGGGCUUCCCCAAGGCCGCCAAGCUCUUCCUCCUCAAGUGGUCCUUCUACAGCUCCAUGGUCAUCCGCGACCUGACCCUGCGCAGCGCCACCAGCUUCGGCUCCUUCCACCUCAUCCGGCUGCUCUACGACGAGUACAUGUACUACCUGGUGGAGCACCGCGUGGCCCAGGCCAAGUUCGCCAACCUGACGAGCUCCCUGAAUUCCCUGGACCCUGACAAAGGUGAGGAGCGUUAA